AUGCUCCCCCUCGGCCUCCUAACCGCCGCCCAAGGCCACCCCAUGCUCGUCGAGCUCAAAAACGGCGAAACGCUCAAUGGCCACCUCGUCGCCUGCGACAACUACAUGAACCUGACCCUCAAAGAAGUCGUGCAGACCUCGCCCGAGGGCGACAAGUUCUUCCGACUGCCGGAAUGCUAUGUGCGGGGGAACAAUAUCAAGUACCUGAGGGUGCCGGAUGAGAUUGUGGAUGUGGUGAAGGAGCAGCAGAGUCAGCAGCAGAAUCAGCAGGGACAGAGGGGUGGGAGAGGUGGGAGAGGCGACUAUGGGAGGGGUGGACGGGGAGAUCGGGGAAGAGGGCGAGGGGACAGAGGGAGAGGAAGAGGUGGGAGGGGUUGA